CGUCGCCCUGGACAUGGCGGUGCACCUGAUCCAGAAGCCAGAAGACCAGAAAGUCCAGCGCCACCAGCAGACCGGCCCACAGUGUGUGCCUCAGCACCCACGCCACGCUCACAAGGACCGCUUGCCACUCCCUGCUUGUCAGUUGCGGCGACACUGAGGGAAAAGACCUCUCAUGGUCACGUGGUUUUGUCACUCACUUCCUGGCGCUGACGUGCAUGGCGUACUGACGCGGCGUGAUGUAGAUGGUCGACUCUCUGCGUGUGAUUGGCAAGAUGGAAGCCCCACCCCCUGCAGUCACCUGACUGUCCAGCUCUAUGAACUGAGCGCUGAUGUAGACGUUGUCAAAGUUCAUCUGGGUCAAGUACCUGCGCCUGUACUGCACAGCCCUGCACAUGCGCGCACACACACACACACACACACACGUCAAGAACUCAGUCGCCACAAGCAUGUUAUCUCCCCACCUGAGCAAGGAGCAGGCGAGCAGGACUGGGCUGGCCCAGGAGAGAAGGCCGCUCAGCUUCUUGAAGACUCGCAGGUCUGCGGUCAGCUCUUCCAGGAUGCUCUGACCAGUCUUGCCCAGUGAGCGGCUCACAUUGACGUCCGCCUCCAAGAUGGCCGUCACUGUCAAGUUGAAGUCGAACUGGCGCCUCAUGCGCUGGAAGGCCGAGAUGGUGGCUGCACACACACACGCAAGAGUCAGGGGCCGGGCCAAGAGGUAGACAUGCUCGGACUUACGCUCGACCAGACGUUCCUUCAGCUGAGUGGCGAUGUAUGAGGGGAUGGUGCAGAAUAGCGUCGCAGCUGAAAAAUAGGAUUGCAGAAGUUAAAAUGCGGUGGUCCAUGAAGGCGGGAGGAAGCAGGUGACACACCGUUGGCCACCUUGCAGAGCGGUUGCAAGCCGCUCACGAUGUCACACAGGAAGUUGAAGUCUCCCAGCUGGGCAGAGCAGUCCGAUUUGGCCUGCCUGAAGACGGUUUGACACUUCCUGUGUGGAGAGCCCAGCUUGGCGUUGCAGACAUCUCCAAUGUCCACCAGGAAGUGGAGGACGUUCCUCAGAGUGCGAGCUGCAGGGAGAGGGGUCAGGGCUUACCUGAGGACACCAGGCACGAGGCUACUCCCACAUGUCCUCAACUCACCAACAUGGCGGAUGGCGUCGGUCAGAGACUGGAUCAGCUUCUCAACUCUUGUUACCGUGGCGACAGCAUUGCGACUGAUCUCACGGAUCUGAUCCAAAGCAGCUACAACGCACAUAUACGCAUGCAUGCACAAACACACUUAUCAACCAGUUUUAGCUUGAGCUGCAGCGAGUGAGCGGGUCUUACAGAGGAGGGGCGUGGCUGCUUUCUGCAUCCACUCCCUUGUCUGAUUGGCUGCCAACUCCCCACCGCACACCAGGCUGGCAGCAGCUCGCUCUGUGUUCUCCAUCAUGUUGGUGAGUGGGCCGGACAGAAGCAGUGAGGUGCACAGGAAGAGCAGGAAGUUACGUCCGUGAGCUGUAAUGCCGAAGAGGCACUUUUGAGACGCCGCCUCCAGCUCCUGCGUGGACCGUCUUUAGCAUUUGCGAGACAACUGACCUGAGCACAGCGAGGGCAACAUGACCAUGAUGUUGACACGCAUGUCCGCCGACAGGCCCAUCCCAAAGGCCGCCACUGUGGCCACGCCCACUGUGCUGUAGACGCACACCCACAGUGACUGCUUCUGCAGGAUGAUCACCAUGGCGCCGUAUGCCGAUGCCAGCAGCAAUCCCAACAUAAACGCCAGCAGGCUCUGCCCGGCUUCUUUCAGGUGACCUUUGACCUUUGACCAGCACUGGAAGCGAGGGCAUCCUGCUGCCCUUUGGAAAGAAGGACACACGCCUCAAUGGAGGGGCAAGCUACAACUUACACAACAGCACCCCAUGGUGGUCACUGCUGAGUGCAUCUCACGGUGGCAAGGGGUGCUGACGUCAUCAACAACCAUGAUUGUCAGUGUACCUGCUGCACGUGACUCCUCUCAUUACGGGACUGGACAAGCAAUGCUGAUGCAAUGAUUCAUUAAUGGAACAAUAACAACAACACAAGCUGUAAACGUUCAACCAUCACAAGCCUUUGUCGUGCACUCCUUGAUGACGGAUGUGGCCAUACACGCGCUCUCGUGUGAUAGUGUAACAGUUUGAUUUGGCGCGUGUUUAUUAGUCAUGCCUGUUGAGUGCGGCGCAUGGAUGACGUCUGUGAAUGUGGUUGUUAAUAAAGUGUGGUUGGUACAUGUUGUGUUGAAUAAACGGAGCCUCCAAAGAGCACAAGUUGGAGGUGAAGAGAAAAAAAAUCAGGUGGACCAUCAUGAAGCCUCACAGCACUGUGGAACACGUCAUCAGGAGGUUUCUCCCGACUGGCUGGCAUCGCUUCCUCGUCGGCCGCUCGGAGAGGGCUGGGCCGGCUCAGGUCAUCCUCAGGGGCGUGUUUGGGGCGCUGACCGGCUCGGUCAUGUUCAUGGGCGUGGCACACAGCCUCCCGCUGACCCUUCACCUCAAACUGGCCAUGGGAUGCGUCUUUGUAGUGUUGUGUCUUGUGGGCGGGGCUGUGUCGUCCUCCUUCAGGUGCUCAGUCGUCCUGAUGUUUCCCAGCAUGCUCGGCUCCCGCGGGCGCGCCUACCUCAUGCUUGUCAUCCUUUCCGUGCUCUACUCAGGUCCCGUGUCCAACAUCCAGCAGAACAUUCAGGCGGCUGCAGAGACUCUGAGUUGCAACUUGGACCUUCAGCUUCACAACAGCAAGUUACUGUGGCGAGACGCUGUAAGACCUUUUCUCAUGGUGGCCCAGGAAGUUACGAAGGGCGAGGCAAAGUUCCAGUCGGAGGCACUCAAAGCCCGCACGGAAUUUCAGCUCAUCCAAGACCAAGUUGUUCGUCAGUACGGGUACGACUCGCUCAAGGCCAAAGACGGCGGCAACCUCACACAGGAACAGUUUGCCAUCAAGACCAUGUCGCAGUGUGACAGUAUUGUCAACCAGGGCAUCCAACGCUGUGCCGAUUGGUUUAGCCUCAAGUGGAGGGAGUGCAUGACCGUGAUCCCUGUACCCGUCAUCAACCACAUCCUGUGCGUGCCCAUGAAGUUCCACUUCCUGUGCGACGUCAUGAGAGUGAUGACGCCGUGGUGCAGGCAGCACAUUCCUGUGGAGGGAAACUUUGGACGCCUCUUUGACCGUCUCAACCACUCUGUGGAUCUUCUCGCGAGAGAGUUCAGCACCAGCCUUGUCUUGGAGGAGCUCCAACAGGAUAUGUUGGAGGGACAGAUCCUGGACCAGGAGUUCACACACUCCAUCCAAAGCUCUUUCCAAAGACUGACGGUUUGGAUGGGACGACUGCUGGACAUCCUUAACCUGCUCAUGUCCUUCACCUUCAUCACCGUCUUCACACAGUCGCUGGGUUACACGCGUGAGUUCCGAGGGAACAUCUACUUUGACAACAUGUACAUCACAACAUACUUUAAAACCAUUGACAGUCGCAGGAAGACAUUGGGUAAACGUUGUUUGUUGCCUCUGAGUGCACAUGACAGACAAAAGUUUGUUGACCCCUGGAGUCCCAGAAUUCACCCUGAAGAAGUCCAACAAGUGUUGUCAGGUGUGCUGCAGGUGCUCUGUGUGCUGGUAGUGUGCGUGGUUUUGCUGACCAUGGAUUGGUCGGUGGUUCAUGUUCUGGAUAUCGUCAGCAGACACACACAGACUCAAUUCAACUUCACCAGCAGCCACCAGGUGGACAUCAAAGUGGAUGGGGAGUCCAUGAUGGCCCACCUCCUGAGGAAGACGGUUGAGGCAUUCAACAGCUCGUCCAAAGUCCACAUCAUCACGGACAACCGCCGUAGAGUGCAUGACUCCGCCCUCCUCCCUUCCCGUCAGCGCAUAUGUCAGCUGUGCUUGUUGCGUCCUGCUGGCGGCGCUCUUCAGCUGCCUGCAGGUUUAUUCCAACCGUCUCCGCAGGGUCAUCGCCGCCUUCUACCACCCCAAGGUAUUCCAGGCCACACUCACCUCACCACUCCAAUGCUAGCUGGUGAUGUCACUUCACUGUGUCCUCCAUUCCUGUAUGCUGUUAUUGUGUUCUUGUUACUGGUUAUUGUUGCCUUUUUGUCACGUUAUUGUCAUGUAGUUGUAGUUGUGUUGUCAUGUUGCGUUGCAGAGGGAGAAGACACGAGUGUUAUUUUUGUACAACGUCACUCUGCUCAGACAAACAGCAUCAUGCACACACACAGCGCCUAUCAGUACAAAGGUACUGCCGUCCUCCAUAUGGUACGUGGUUCUGGUCCUGACUAUGUCUGUCUGCAGGUGUUGGACUGUUUCUCCACGUGCACUCGUGUGUGUCCUCGGCGACGUGAAGUGUCUGACUGUGAGGAAGCUGCGGUCACAGUACUCCCGUCUUCUGAGGAGAGGCAGGAAAGGGCGCUGUCUCCACAUCUUUCUCUUUCACAAGCGUAACAAUAAAACACGUCACGUGGUCA